AUGACUACUCCUGCUGAGGAUUCCACUGCUGCCACCGCGGCACCAGUCGCCAACGAGUCGACUGAGACUCCCCAAAAGCUCCCCGCCCACGAACGUAAGCGUUUGGCCCGUGAGGCUAAGGCCGCCGCGGCUGCUGCCAAGAAGGCCGAACGCGAGGCUAAGAUGGCCGCGCAGAAGGCCGCCAAGGUUGAUAAGGUCAGCGAUGAGGAUUUGGAUCCCACCCAGUACCGGAAUAACCGUUUGGCUGAGCUCGACACCAUCCGAGCCUCUGGUCGAGAAGCAUACCCCCACAAGUGGCCAGUCGAUUCUACUGUGGCUGAAGUUACUCAGAAGUACACAGACCUCGAGGCUGGUCAGCAUACCGCCGAUGUUGUGUGCUUGGCUGGUCGCGCCAUGUCCAAGCGUGAGAGCGGCAAGCAUAUGGUUUUCUAUGAUCUCUGGGAGGAUGGCCAUAAGAUUCAGGUCAUGUCUGUCGCACAAGACUGGACUGGUGAUGUUGACUUUGCCACUGCCCACAAGGAGGUCCAUCGUGGUGACAUCAUUGGUGUUAAGGG